AUGGAGGACCAGCAACCCAUAGCCUCCUCAUCUCGUCAUAUCCAAGCGAUUCCUACUACGGACGAGAGCCAGUCACCAAGGUCGCCCAGCAGAAAACGUUUGAACUUGAUAGAAAAUAUAGGCGAAGAAGAGCCAUCUUCUGCGCCAGUCACCAUCAAACGUCGAUUGAUUCGGCCAAAAAAGCUAAGACAGGUUCAAGACGAACCUUCGCCGCCACUUGAAGAGGGUCGGAUCUCCGGGGUCUCUGGACAGCCGCCACAAGAACCAUCUCCAGAUGGGUCGCAGGCAACGAAACCGACUCCAAAACAAAUAUCUCGACAGCCUUCCCCUGUCGCAUCUCCCUCGGCCCCAUCAUUUGCUCCUCCUCGUUCUCGGUUCGCCCCCCCUCGCUCCGCCCAUCCGUCCUUGGUUUCAUGCAGAUCAGUUUUCAACUACACUCGUCUCAACCAUAUUGAAGAAGGAACCUACGGCGUCGUCUUCCGUGCACGGUGUAAUGAUACUGGCGGAAUAUAUGCGCUGAAGAAGUUGAAGUUGGAGGAGGAGAAGCAAGGAUUUCCUAUCACGAGCUUGAGAGAGAUCAUGGCUCUCUUGAGUGCUGGGAAUCAUGAUAAUGUAGUCGGGAUCAGGGAAAUUGUUGUAGGAGAUACAUUGAACCAGGUGUUCAUUGUAAUGCCCUUCAUCGAACAUGAUCUCAAGACUCUCCUGGCAGACAUGCCCCAUCCUUUUCUCCAGUCCGAGGUCAAGACAAUCAUGCUGCAGCUUCUAUCUGCAGUAGGGCACUGUCACGACAACUGGAUCCUUCAUCGAGAUCUCAAAACUUCGAAUCUAUUGAUGAAUAACAGAGGGCAAAUCAAAGUCGCCGAUUUCGGACUGGCACGAAAGUUUGGAGAGCCUCUAGGGGACAUGACACAGCUGGUCGUGACGCUAUGGUAUCGGUCACCAGAGCUCUUGCUGGGUAGUGAGGAGUACUCGACAGCGGUAGACAUGUGGUCAAUAGGCUGCAUCUUUGCGGAGCUAAUGCAGAGCGAGCCGCUCUUCCCAGGAAGAGGAGAAAUCGAUCAGAUCAAUCGGAUAUUUUCCCUCUUGGGAAGACCGAAUGAAGAAUCAUGGCCUCGAUAUACCUCCUUGCCUCUGGUAAAAAAAUUGCACCCUGUUGGUCCUUUAUACUCUACGCUUCGACAGAGGUUCAAAUACCUCACAUCGGAAGGACACAAUCUGCUAUCGUCCCUCUUGUGGUAUGAUCCUGACAGACGAAUCAGUGCCGAAGAGGGAAGCAGACACCCUUAUUUCACAGAACACCCACUACCGAAACAUCCAGAUCUGUUCCCUUCUUUCCCAAGUCAAGCGGCUGGCGAAAGAAGACACAGAUCACUCGCAAGCCCCCAAGCACCGAUACGGGAAGAUAUGGUGACCAAGAACAAUCUGGCAGACCUGGACGCCCUUGUAUGA